UGUAAAACUACAUAGUUAGAAAGCGUAAUGCUUUUACUAGCUUUUGUUUUCAUGUACAGUUUUCUGGUAGAGAGUAGCUUUGCUGACGCUUCUCCUCCCUUGCUGUUUAGCUCUUGAAUAUUUCCUGCUGGUGUUUUGUUGGUUUUCUCUGCUGCACGAUUUUUUGUUUUAUUUUGUUUCCUGUUUUUUUGUAUCUUAACAAUACGUUUAUUUUCUGUGUUGGGCUGUUUUUUGAUGAGCAGGCUACUCAGCAGAACCCCCGUGUCUGAUGCCAGGGAUCGUGUGAAGAUGGAGUCUGUCCCCAUUAAAGAGGAGCUCCCUGAGCUUGAACUGGUCCCCAUUAGACUGGUUUUCUCCAGAUUGCCUUCCCUCCCCAUGAAACAGGAGAUGCUAUGUGACAGCAUCAAGUCAGAGGUGUCUGGUAUUAAAGCUGAGAGCAAUGAACUGGAGAUCCCCCAGACAGCAGGACCAGGUCCCAUUAAAGAAGAGGUGCUGGAAAUGCAGCCACUAAGCAGAACCAUGUGUGAUGCCAUGGACAGUGUGAAGACUGAAUCUGACCCGAUUAAAGAGGAGCUCCCUGAACUUGAAGUGGUCCCCAUUACACUGUUAUCUGCACUGGCUUCCCUCCCCAUUAAACAGGAGCUCUGUGAGAUCAUGCCAUGCAGUGGCAUCAAGCCAGAGGGGUGUGCUGGGAUUAAAGCUGAACCCAGUGAAUUGGAGAUCUGCCAGACAGAAGAACUCGUUUCCUUGAAAGCAGCCCCCCCUGCGCUGGGUCCUGUACGCCUGCGGGCGUGUAGUGUGGUGCUGAAGAGAAUCUGCCUGAGAGUGCAGGGCGCUGGAGCAGAAGCCAGCUCUCCCAACAGCAUGCGAGGAUGUGGAAAGGAAGACGGGGGGAGCUCCCAUUCAGAGUGCAGUCCAGCAGGUUCCAGAACAGCAGCUAAAGCAAGUGCAAGCAGUGACUGUGGGAAUGGUGUCACCAAGUCAGGGGGUUUUAGAAUACUCCGGCGAACGCGCAGAGGAAAGAAACCGUAUCUCUGCUCUGACUGUGGAAAGAGUUUCAGUCGGUCAGAAAACCUUGCAACACACAAGCGAAUUCACACAGGAGAAAAAACAUUUCGCUGCUCUGACUGUGGGAAGAGGUUUAGUCAUUCAGCAACCCUUGUAAUACACCAGCGAAUUCAUACAGGAGAGAAACCGUAUCAGUGCUCUGACUGUGGGAAGGGGUUCAGUCACUUAGGAGAUCUUGUAAAACACCGGCGUGUACACACAGGAGAGAAACCGUAUCGCUGCUCUGACUGUGGGAAGAGGUUUAGUCAUUCAGCAACCCUUGUAAUACACCAGCGAAUUCAUACAGGAGAAAAACCGUAUCACUGUUCUGAAUGUGGGAAAGGGUUCAGUCACUUGGGAGAUCUUGUAAAACACCGGCGUGUACACACAGGAGAGAAACCGUAUCAGUGUUCUGACUGUGGGAUGAGGUUUAAUCAGUCAGGACACCUUAAAACACACCAGCGAACACACACAGGAGAGAAACCGUAUCGCUCUGACUGUGGGCAGAGUUUCAGUCAGUCAGGAAACCUUGCAUCUCACCAGCGAAUUCAAACAGGAGAGAAACCAUAUCACUGUUCUGACUGUGGGAAGAGGUUUAGUCAUUCAGCAGCCCUUGUAAUACACCAUCGAAUUCACACUGGAGAGAAACCAUAUCAGUGUUCUGACUGUGGGAUGAGGUUUAAUCAGUCAGGACACCUUAAAACACACCAGCGAACACACACAGGAGAGAAACCGUAUCGCUGUGACUGUGGGAAGACGUUCAGUUCAUCAACAAACCUUGUAUCACACCAGCGAAUUCACACAGGAGACAAACCAUAUCACUGCUCGGACUGUAAGAAGAGUUUCAUUCAGUCAGGAGAUCUUGUAAAACACCAGCGUGUUCACACAGGAGAGAAACCAUAUCACUGUUCUGAUUGUGGGAAGGGUUUCAGUUCGUCAGGAUACCUUGUUGUACACAAACGACUUCACACAGGAGAGAAACCAUAUUGCUGUUCUGAUUGUGGGAUGAGGUUUAAUCAAUCAGGACACCUUAAAACACACCAGCGAACUCACACAGGAGUGAAACCGUAUCACUGUUCUGAUUGCGGGAAGAGUUACAGUGAUUCAAGAGACUUUGUAAAACACCAGCGAAUUCACACAUGAUAAAAAAUGCUUUGCUGCUCUGACUGUGGGAAGAGUUUCUAUAAGUCAUAACACCUUGUAAGACACGAGUGAAUUCAUGCAAGAGAGAAACCAAAAAAAAAACACCUUUAGAUUUCAGUGAUGUUCCGUAAGAAAUAACUUUGGUCUGUUUUGGUCAGAAGAGCCAGCUUCUGUUUCAUUGUCGCAGAGCUGCCUGAGCUGUGGAGACAGACCCUGCCAAAAAUCUUUAACCCUUUGAGUAGUACGAAUGUACCAGUACGUCAUUGAAUUAAUGGUCCCCAGGAAGUAUGAAUGUACUGGUACGUUAUGCAAAUUUUGAGCUUUGAAUUUGAACUUUGAACUUGAAUUACUGAGUCUACAAAACUGCUGAUAAUCUGAUGUUUUAACACUGGGUGUCUGUAACACCUUGUAGUGGUCUCUUGCGCCAUCUGCCAGAUACUGACGGAAUUACACACACUAAACCCAGUCAAAAAAUGUCCACAAUGUCUGGAAAACGGUGGGAAAUGCUCUGUGGGAAAGAAGUACAAGAAAUUACACUGAAUUCAGAUUUAAAUUCUUCUACUGAAUCAGGUGUUAGUGAAAAUAUCAGUGAAGAAUAUUUACCUUCGAGUGGCCCAAGCUCGUCACAAUGUGACAAGGAUCACUAAGCUUUUUAGUAAGUUAGUUUUGUUCAUUUUUUCUAAUUAAUUUUCAAAAGAGAAAAUAGGAAUGACUAGUGUCAGAAUAGCAGUUAUUUAGAGAAUAUACAAUGCAGUCUGGAAACCAUUGUUAGCAAUAAAUGUUAACAAUAAAUAUUAUACAUAAACAACAAGAAACAUCCAUAAACUCAUCAAUACUAGAAAUAGAAAAUGAGGUGCCUAUUCCAUUAGGACUGCAUUUUAAAGUAACCCUGGAGUAUUAUUACUGGACAGUUGGCAUUUCGGAAAGGUUUUUUUUUUUGUAAUGGGGUAGAAUUAUUUAGUUAAAAAUAGUGUAAUUGAUUUAUUUAUACCAAGAAAAUAAAUAUUCGGGCAUAAAUUAAUUAUAUAUAUUUUUUUUAUCAUCAACAGUGUUGCCAGUUCUUUCUGUAUACAGGCAUUGCAUUUGAAUCACAGACCUAUACAGUCCUGCUGUCUAUACAGGGAGUUUUGGGGUUUAACACCAUAAUGCAGAGAUAAGCUUUCAGGGGGGAGAAAUUAGGUUAAACUGGGUAAAGAAAAUGGUAACCUAAUGGUCUACGUGAGGUGAAACUUAUAAAUGGGAAUUUGAAUUCUCACUUUUUUCAUACAAUAUUUCUAAAUUUCUGUGAUUUGGGAUUUGGAAUUGUCACUGAAACACAUCUUUACUACAUACAGUAUUUCUAUAUUAACACACACACUUCUUGCUUGUACCUCAUGUGGUUUGGAAAUCCCAAACUUAAAUAAUAAUUAAACCUGCUGCAAUGCACUGAAAUAACCACUGGAUGGAGCUCUGGAGUUAAUUGGAAAUUUUGGUAAUCAUAAAAUUGCCCAUCAUCUAUUUGGACACUACUAUUAGUUGAGAAUGUUGAUAAAAUCAAAUUCUUAUAUUUUGGGGGAAAAAAAAUAGGCCAUUACCCAAAGUUCUUUGCCUGCUGUAGGACGACCCAGAGGCAUUGUGGGAUAGUAUUGUGUUUCCCUUUUAAAAAGCAUGGACAGGUAACAACUGUACGAGCGAUGGAGGCUGAUGUGGAAAGGAGUUUUGUGGCUAUUUCUUUUACCUCGUUUCCAUGAAUUUUAUUUCCAGUCUAUGUGCUACUCAAACGACAGAGCAAUGAAAGAAUGCCAAGCUAUCCCCACGAAAGGUAUAAAUCCGCCGUGUGCAGAUAAUGGUAAACAUGGUAACCAACAAGAACCGUCAAGAUGGGGUUUUCUUUUCACUCAGGAUUUGGAUUAUUUUAGCCAUGGCUUUCUAAAUUUAUUUUGCACAAAACUUCCAGAAUAAAUAAAAUUAAAGAAUGUAAA